GAAUUUAUCUCUUGUGUGCGCACUCCCUGGCCAGCCUUAGAGGGGCUAAACUCGAGGGUUUUAAUGAUUUUCUGCUAUAUAUGAAGUGUCAUGGUGUGAGUAUUGUUGGUGCCUGAGGUACACAACUGAAGGUACAUUGUGAUGCUCAAAAGUGCUUUGUUGGCUAUAAGUAGUGAAAGGUUCAGUUCCAAUACAAUAUACUGUACUAUAAUCAUCCUUCUGGAAAACUAUGGGUGGUUCGAGUGAAAAUACUGGUGACAGGCUCCGGAAAGUUUGUCCAAUAUGCAGAAAAGAGUUUAAUUCUAGAGGAGAGUUUGAGGAACACAAGGCAUCGGCGAGUCAUCGUGUCAGCUGGCUCAAACACUGGUACCAAACCAACAGGCUACUCCUUGCCCAAGACAAGAAUGGAGUUGUUAUCUGUCCACAAGGAAACCAGCAUAAUGUCACCCUUGAGGAGAAAUCUGGCAUUAUAUCAGUCAAACUUGGGCCAGGUGGGCAGAAAUCUGUUCAGAUCCUGAUCAAAAACACAGGCAGUGAGCCAGUCAUCUUACGGCAGAUUGAGAUGCUUCAUAGCUGCCCUCAAGUCUCGCUCAACGAUCACUAUGGUGUUGUACGUGGCGAGAGAUUUGUCAGAGUUCUCUCGGGUGUGGAGUAUGCUGUGGAGUGCCACACACAAGGAGCAUCACUAGGAGUGUAUCAAGUACCUGUUGCUUUUCAGUUUAAACCUGAGCAGGCUGAUGAGCUAUUUUUUAUUGUCAGAACAGUGCAAGUAAAAGUCUUCGAUAGUGUAGCUGAGGAGUCUUCAGCAAAGUCUCCAUAUGAAAAACAACACUUGAGUUACCCAAUUAGCCGUGAUUAUGGCUCUUAUAUUCCUGGCAUCCCUCUUAAACAGAAUAAUGAGGAUGGCUUACCGAAGAUUAUUCCUCUGGAACAUUACAAAUGCAAGCAGAGUUUGCGGUCAAUAGCUUAUAAAAACUUCAAUCCAAAUAAAGUUGAUUCAAAGCAUGUAGCAGAAACCAGAAAAUUAAAGGAUAUGAUGAAAGAUGGUUUAAAUGAAAGAAAUUAUGUCGACUGGUUUCAAACUAUGCUUUGGAUUGAAGAGAUGCAAAUGGAACUUGACAUAAGAUAUUACAGCAUGCCUGAUGUAACACUAAAGAUUGUCCCCCAUCUCUACUACAAUGCUGCAUCAUGUGUGGAACUUGAGGUCCCGGGGCUUUCAGAAAAUCGUCCAUCCGUCUUACCUGGUGACAAUGUGUAUGUCACACAUGUUGGAAAAAGAAAACCUGUGUAUGCUGGUUGUGUCCAUAAGCUCAAAGAGAAGUCGAUCUACUUAGCUUUCGGUGAAGAGUUCAUGGACUCUUUUGUGGACAACAUGAGAGUAAGCGUGGACUUUGAAUUUAAUCGUGGUCCUCUGAAAGUUAGCCACAGAGCCGUAGUUCUAAUUGGACAGAGAGCCUCAAUGUACCUGACUUUCCCUUCCCCUCCAAUUAACAAUAUUCUACCAGUUCGGAAUCUCAUGCCUUAUAAUCGCAAGCUUCAGGAAAACAAAGAGCAAAUGUUAGCAGUCCACAACAUUGUGUCUGGAACAUCCAAGCCAGCCCCCUACAUAGUAUUUGGCCCUCCUGGCACUGGAAAAACUGUUACCAUAGUGGAGGCCAUCAAACAGGUGUACAAAGUUCAGCCACAGAGCAGGGUGCUAGCCUGUGCCCCAUCUAACGCAGCUGCUGACCUUAUAGCUCAGAGACUGCUAGAGCAUGUUUCCAAGCGACAUAUGAUAAGGAUGCACGCAGCGUCUAGACAGUUAGUGACUAUUCCGGAUAAGCUUCGUGAGAUAUCCAACUGGAACGGUUCUUCUAUAUAUUUCCCUUCUAUUGACAAGUUGCGGGAAUACAGAGUCAUUGUGUGCACAAUGAUAACUGCUGCCAGGAUUGUAUCGGCUGCCUUUCCUGUUGGUCAUAUAACUCAUGUGUUCCUUGACGAGUGUGGACAUGCCAUGGAACCUGAAGCAAUGGUUCCGCUGGCAGGAGUUUUGUCCAAGGAUGGCCAGGUGGUGUUGGCUGGUGAUCCUUUUCAGCUGGGUCCUGUAAUAAGAAAUACUCAGUGCUUUUCUUGUGAAAAACUCUUCUUUAACAAUGGCUUGGAUAAAUCAUACUUAGAGAGGAUGAUGGAGAUGGAUAUGUACCAAGCAAAAAAUGGGUCCUUCAACAAUCAGGUAGUGACCAAGUUACUCAAUAACUACCGCUCGCAUAAAGAUAUCCUCAAGGAACCCAAUGAAAUAUUCUACGAGUCUGAGUUGAAGGUGUGUGCUGAUAAAGUGCUGGUGACGUCUCUAUGUAGCUGGGAACAUCUGCCAAAGAAAAACUUUCCCCUCAUUUUCCAUGCAGUGAAAGGCAAAGAUGAACGUGAAGGAAAUUCUCCCAGCUUUUUCAAUUCACUUGAGGUAUCCACAGUGAUCGACUACGUAAAGAAACUCCUCGACUCUCGGAAUCCCAAGAUCAUGCCUAAGGAAAUUGGAAUAAUAACUCCUUACAGAAAACAAGUGGAAAAGAUCAGGAAUCAGUUGAGGAAAAUGAAGAAUACCAGUGAUCUCAGAGUGGGCUCCCCUGAAGAAUUCCAAGGAGAUGAGCGGAGAGUCAUAAUCAUAUCCACUGUUCGUGCCUCCGCUGAUCACUUGGCUUCAGAUCAGUUCUUCAAACUUGGCUUUUUGCGUAAUCCUAAGAGAUUCAAUGUGUCUGUGACUCGAGCGAAGGCUCUACUCAUCGUGGUAGGCUGCCCAGAAAUCCUGACAUUAGAUGAACACUGGGGAAAACUGCUUCAUUUUAUCAAGAACAAAGGAGGCUAUCGAGGUCAUAAGUUUGCUGAAAGUAAUGUGGAUGACCUUGAAGAUAUUCUCACAAGAUUCGAUAACCUUAGUCUUCGUCCAAUACUAGGAGAGGAUAUAAGUGCACGCGAGUUAAUAGAAACUCCAGAGUGGCGAGCAGAGCACUAGUACUGGUGCAGGUAGCCUUCACCAGGCUAACACGAGAGGCCUUACAUGCAUCGAUACCCUAGUGGGUAUCACACUUUUCAUGUAAAUUUGUUCACGUUUAUUUUUCCGAGCUGUGUAGUUAAGAGAUGAUUAGCCAGUUGCUGAAUUAUGUCCAUUUGUGAGUGUGAUGGCACAAUAUCCAGAGAUAAUGCAUUUGUUUUGUAUUAUUCAAAAAUAGUAUUUUACUGUAAAUUACCUUCUUGUUUGUAUUUUUAUAUUCCGUCUGUCUUGACUUUUUUUGCCAAGACCCUUGUGAAAUAUUGUUUCAUAUUUGUAGUGUGUUUGUAAAACUAUGUGGGUUAGAAUACUGAUAUUUAAAACAUUUUGAUUACCUGUCAUCCUGUACACUUUUUAAUAGAUUUAGUCCCAUUUUAUUGUGAUACUGGUAUUCCUUUACUUUAAAAAAAAAAAAAAAAGAUUCUCAGUUUUAUCGCCAUACAGAUUGAGUUCUUUAGCAGUUUUAUUGUUUGUAUAGUAAAUGUUUUUUUUCAACAAUGUGUAUAUUAAGAAUUUCAGUUUUUUUAUAUUUUCUGAACAUGACACUGUUUUAAUUAUGUAUAUAGAUUUUAGCAUAAUUUCUCUGGAGAGAGACUAUGAAACACAAGUAAGAGUUGUGCAAUAACUGAAUAUUAGUUAUGCUUUUUAAUUUGAACAACAUAAAACACUAGGUGAAAGAUGAGUGGCAGAGUUAUUUGUUACUGAAGACUGAAUAUGAUUCAAGACAUUAACUUUUAGUAAAUGGCAGAAAAGUAGCAUUUCUUAAAUAUUUUAUUAUAGCAGUUAUUUGAGAUAGAUACAUGUUUGACAUGAAUGAAAUACAUGCUAAAUGUCUUUAUAAAUUGAGUAAAAUCUGUAAUAUCUGACAACAGUGAGAUUGAAAUCAUACUGAAUGAGAAUACUGUAUCCACUUACAUUACUACCAUGGACUUUUAUACAGGCAAGUCUUAAUUUGAGUAACAUCAUUAUUACUUGCCUCGGAAUUUGAGAUUGUAUUACCCUAUACCUCUGUAGAGUAUGCGAAAAAUAUUAGAGAUUGCUCUUCUCCAAAUAAAAAAAAUUACCCAAGUAGCUUUAACUUGCAUCAUUCUGACCGAUAUAUGGUGAUUAUUGAAUGUGCAGUAUUAUAAUCAUUUUUAUGUAAGGAACAUUUAACAUAACAUUUUUGGGGGUUGGGGGGUAAAUAUUCUUUUACCUGGCAAUGAGAAUAAUUUUAUUUCAUGGUACAGCACAAUGACCCCUCUUAGUUACCCAUUUUAAAACUGGCUUUUUGUUUUGCUUUUAAAACCAACCAAGAAUGUUGAUGAGGCUUGCCUCUAUUAUAAACAGGGUUUGUACAAAUGAAUUUCCUAUUCGUGAUACUGACCUGUCUAGUGAAUAUUUUUUUUUGAUGGGUGGGGGGGGGGAUGGGAGGCAUGAAACACUAAUUUUGUUUUAGGAAAUUUUUCUUAAUUUUGUUAGGCUUACGGUGCUGUAUAACCCUUGUGGGUUUAGCCUAACGGAUAAUGAUUAAGCUUUACAAAUUUCAUUACUCAGGUUUAGUAAUCAAUAUUUUCUGUUCACUAAUCAUUCUUUGAAAUCCAGUGAUUUCAGAAGCAUUUGUUCAUACAUUAUCAAUGUUAAUUAGUUAUGUUAUUGAAAACCACCAGUAAAAUUGCUUACUGUACAUUUGCUGAAAAAAUUACAAAUGUGUAACUGCUAAAAACAUUAGUGUUCCAAAUUAUGAAGGAAACCCAAAUAUCAUCAAUGUACAAAUAUCAGCAUUUAAAUUUUAUGAUGUAAAAUUUUAAUUUGGUGAAACUUUUUUUGUACAUUUAAGCAAAAUAUUAGAAUUUUUGACUGAUAUUUCCAACUGUAAAAAGAACUCGAGUAUCACAAGUUAUUCAAACACUAGAUAUUACAUAUUUUACCUUUAUAAGAAUGAAAAGUAUGUUUUUCAUAAUUUAGUCAGUGAGAUGCAAUUUAAAAAAUUAUUAAUGCUCAUGUACAAAGUAAUGUAGAUAUGUAACAUUGUUGCUUGACAUGCAGGAUGUUCCUAUAUAACAUGACUAGACACAGCCAAAUAUACCCAUUUAGUAUGACUACAUAAUUAACCCUUCAAAGGAGGUGUCUCGAUGUCAGUGAAUGGCACUUGGUCCAAGGAAAUGGAACUAACCUUCUUGUAUUGAAUCUGAUUGCCUCCAAUUUCCUAGGUGCUGUAUGACCUCUACAGGUUUAGUGCACCAUCCAUGAAUGUAAUAUUGUAUGUAACCAAAUGUACCUAUGCACAGGAAUUUUUUUUUGUUAGUAUGUUGAGGUAUACAUCAACUAAAUGGGGCAUCUUGAUAUGUACCAUCUUUUGUUGAAUUUGGGACCAAACGUUAAAAGAUAAUGAAAAGCUUAACAAAUAGUAACUAGCAGUGAAAUCACAGUGCUUAAGACUGAGGAAAUGUGUGGCUUCAAAUCCAGUAAAAAAUUUUGAAUUUAGUCUUUUCUACACAAAUGACUGUUUUAGCACAACUGACCCAUCCAGUUCCCAUGUUUCUAGCAUGUUUCCUGCCAUUCUUUUGUGUUCUCUCUCUCUCUCUCUCUCUCGCUACUACGUCAUUUCUCAUCUAUAGUUCAUUUAGUUAUGCUUAGCGUUCUUAGAUACGUGUAGUUUUUGUCUCUCCGCAUGCACCAAAAGCAUUCCAAUAAGCAUAAAAGAUAAAUGGGCUUCAGACUGUGUGCAAGCCCACAUUUAAUUUUGAUUGCUAAAAACCCUAGUUUUAUAUUAGGCCUUAUUUAGUUUUACAGCAGGAUAUGGGUAAUCUGGCAGUCCAAACGUUAGAAUUUGGAAAUAUACAGUAAAAUUUACGCACUAUGUUCAGAAUUUAUUCAAAGAACUUGGGCAUUUGUGUUCGUGCUAUUGCUAUGUUUUAUUGAUAUUCUGCUAUGCUGCUCAUUUAUGUGAUAGGUAAUUUACAUCUUCCAUGACAGGGGCUGCUGAAAAUUUCAAAGUGUAAUAUGCAAUAUCAGCUUAAAAUGACUCUUACAUGUUGACAGUCAGUUUCUCAUGAUGGGCCAUAGCGUCAAUGAACAGUUUCUUUUUUUUCUGUAAAGUCUGUGAAUAAAUAAAUUUCCUACAGAUCAGUACCAUAACUUUAAUAGUUUUAAAACUUAACUAUAGGCCUUGUCUUGUACACUGUAGGAGCCCUUGUGGCUUAGCACUUCUUUUUGAUUAUAAUAAUAAUUGUACACUGUAGUAGUUCAUGCCCAAGGAAGAUUGACAUGAGAAUAAAUAAUAAGCAUCAGAAGGCUAAAGGAGUCAAGCAGUGCUGAAGUACGUACCUAAAAAGUCUUAAAAGAUAUACAGGAUGGCCUCGCUUAUACAGCAGGUUAGGGUCCAGGCUACUGCUGUAAAGUGAAACAUAGUCUUUUUUUUCACUUUCAAAUACAUAUAAAAGCCUGAUAACACGUUUACACUAUUAUAUAUAUUAAGUGAGCAAUAGAGGCAUAAAAAAUGCAUAUACAGUACACACAUUACUUACCUUAAAAUGUUUUUGUCCUUAACUGAUAGCGAGUGGUGAAUAUAUGUAUUGUAGGAAGUCUGAAUAAAUGAAGAAUAGGUAUAACCGAAAACCGCUGCAUUAGCAAAAUGCUGUAAAGCAAAGUGCUCUAGAGCGAGGCCUGCCUGUAGGUCUUUUCUUUGAAAGAGGCACUUGAUGCUGGUAAAGGACUUUUGAACCAGGCAAUUGGGACUGCCCUCCCUUUCCUUGGACCAACUCUGCCUCCUCUUCCAGGUGCUGUAUGAUCCUAUGGGUUUAUGCUCAUGAAUACACUAGGCCAUUUGUUGAUAUUUCUGCAGGAACUGCCAUGAAUCUUCGCACAAGCACAUAUACGUAGAUAAGUAGCUCAUAUUACACUAUAUGUGCAAAAGGACCUUAAUAGAAAGAAAUUUUAAAGCCCAAGAGCGUCUGUGAUCUCUUAUGGAAUUCCAAGUACUUUUGUGAUAUUUUAUGGAAAGCCAAGUACUUCUGUGAUCUCUCAAUGGGCUCUCCUAGGAUCCCUAAGACAUUUUCCCUCAUCCAUGCCUAUGGUGUGUGCAAUUCUAGGCCCGUACAAUCCCUCCCUUAUAAUAGUUACAGUCGUCAUGUCACAUUUCAGUUUGUAAUGACUGGAAUAUGUGUUACUUUGCAUAUCACAAGUAACAUGGCUUGUCAACCCAUGUGAAAGUUGUAGGCAAAUUUCUUUCGUAUCUUUGUUUUUGUUUCUCUCUACCCAGUUAAGUGUCUUGUGCCUUGACAGGUAACAUAAGUAAAAUAAAUAAAUGUUUUUAAAUCUCGAUAUAUUUGUACAGUAUAUUUUUACAUGUAAUAUUAUAUGAUACACAAUGAUCUGCUAAGUAAAAUAAUGCUGGUAAAAUUGUGCAGUGUUGUGCUGGCAUUCAUCAUACAAUUAUUAGGUUUCUAAAAUGUUUGCAAACUCCCAAAACUGGCAACUACUUGGUAGAGGAACAGUUGAAAUAAUUGAAAUCUUUUUGGUCUUGUUUUUGUAGUUUAGUAGUAAAAGCAUUUAUUAUGUUUGUCAUGUGUGUAAUUUUUCAAAUGUCUAAUAUUGAUGGUAUAAUAAGUCAUAAAAUAAGGGGUAUUUUUAUAAUAAAUUUCACAAAAAUGAAACGUGACAAAGUUUUCCUUUUACGUUCACUAGACUGAAGCUGUGUGUAUUCUCAUCUAUUUUUUUUUUGCCAUUAAUGUAAUAUGAUUUGGAUACACUUAAGCUUAAAUUGUCCCAAGAAAUGGCACCAGAAUAUGGGAAGCCCAAAGUAUUACACAAAGUACAAUUAAUGUUUUGGUUUGCUUAUCAAAAGAAAGGCUAUGUUAUUUCUCGGCAUUAAUUUUACAUAUUUAAUUUUAAUGGUGUAUAUGGAUGUCUACUUGGUGCCAUAGUUCAUGUCUUAAUUCUCUGCCAUCCUGAUCCUUGAGAUGUGAGCUUUUUGCAGCAUCCAGGCAGAGUUGAUAAACAUGGGCAGUGUUAAAGGUGUGUUAAAUAGCAAUUCUGGGGUCAGAGAGCUUGUUUAUUUUAUUUUGAAGCUAAUCAUACUUUGUAGACAAAACCCAUUAUGAUGCUAUCAUGUGCAAUUUUUAUUUCGAUUUUAAAUACAGUAUUUUGUAUCAGUUUUUGUAUGUAAAAUAAUGUGUGCAUAAAACAAUCUAAUUGUUCUAGCCUGUUGAAUUUCACAAUAGCAUAUGAGUAUAUUUUAUUCUUUUUAAAGUGAUUAUUGUUAGCCUAACUGCAUUACUUGUGAGAUAGGGUCAGUAAGACAUGCAAUUUGCAACUUGUGGGCCAUAUUUCCAACAUGUAAUUUUUUUUAAGUUAUCUAAUCUUGGCUCAUUUCAAAGCCUAGACAUAUUAAGGUGUAUUCACCAACAAGGUAUCAGCCUAAUCCAUUCCAUGUCUUGUAAUAUUUAAGGAAUGCAGAGAAUCUGCAUUAAAGGUGAGAUUCCCAAAGCUAAUAAUGUAUAGCAAUAAAGUAGUUGCAUCAAC